AUGUCAACAGAACCGCGUUCCCCAGAUCGCUCGGUCCUAGACGAGUCCUGGGUGAUGGCAUCGACUGUCUCACUCAAGGAUCGAAAUGCAGAGAAAAAAAAAGAGCAAGAUAGACAAGAACUAGCCACCCCGACUCCACCACCACGACCACGAUCAGCGCCGAGUCGAGACGGCGACAAGUUACUAUCCGAGUCCUCGGAGUCGCUAGACUCCUCGUCAUGGUCCAUGUCGGGCCCGGAGCUCAUCAUGCCCUCGAUAUACGAAGCACCCAUCUCCGAGGCCUCUUGGGUAGCCCCGGAUAUGCGACCAGCAGAGGCCAAACGCGAACGCGACGUGCCUGGCAUGAGAAAGCGGCGCAAGGUCAUAUCGGAGCACUUGUCGGAAGAGACAAAGUCUAACUUGGCACCCGAAAAUCCAGACGCUGGCUCGUCGACUCCAACAAAAUUGCAAAGCAAACCACAAGCUAUACUUGCGCAUUCCCCGCUCAACUCAUUGUAUCGCGACCAGCGAGCCCUCCUCCGCAACGCGGUCAAUGUCCUGUUGGGCAUCUGUAUACUUCACCUCCUACUCCUCCCCGAACUCAUCUACCAAGCUCAGAAUCUAUGCCACCUCCCCGGCAUAAAUCCUCACCCUUCCACCCCCUCGCAUCCUAUCACGAUCAAGCCGGAAGAAACCAUCAUCGCCUCCCAAACGCACCUCGAAACCAUCUUCACCACGUCCCUCGAAACCCUCACACCCCUUGCGCACACCCUGAAAGAAAGUGAAUCCAUGCUCCGAGACCUCCAAUCCGACCUCCAGCAUUCCUUCCCGGACGCGCGCAACGCCCUAACCCUCGAAUUCCAAGGCAGCGAGAAAGCACUCCGCGCCGCGAGCUGGGAAUUCGACUCGCUUCGUGCGGAUGUUCGGUCUGCCAUCGACUCGCUCCUCGCCUCGCCUCCGACCCAGGAGCCGGUUGGGUCCUCCGUGGCACGUGAUACGCGUCUCGCGGCGCAGCUUCGGCGUCGCGCGGAGUAUCUGGAUCGCCUCCGGGCGCAGAUUCGCAGCAAGACGGAUUCCCUGAGUACAAGAUUCAGCACGCUGGAUGACCACCUCGAGGCUAUUGAUGGGAUUGUCUCGCGGGAAGAGCGCCGGUCGCUCAUGGAUGCAGAGUCGGGUUCGGGGUCGAGUUCGGGAUCGACAGACGGGGAAGGGCUGCAAGGUGUUCUAGACUCGCUUUCGAGUUAUGCUUCGUUCGGCGCGAAACUUUUACGCGGUGGAAGUACGGGGUCCGACUCGAGGGUGGGGUCAACCGGAACAGGCACAGGAUCGUCAGCGUCGUCAGCCUCUGAGGCGGCGACCUUGCCGAGGCCAUCGACGACGCUGGCAUUGCUGAGAUUUGCGGCCACGCAUCAUUUGCCUGUUGCUGAUUCGGUGGUGAGGUUGUCACGCCAGUUGCAGGAUGUGCAGCGUGCGAGAGUGUGA